AUGCUGAGGGCGCCACCCACGCGGACCAGCCUGCAGGGCUUCCCCAGGCUCAGAGUCCUGCAAUGGAACGUGCAGGGCCUGCGACCCAAGAAACAUCAAGUCCUACAGGUCGUCUUCGAGGAGCACCUUGACGUUGUGCUCCUCCAGGAAACACUGACGCCCGCCGACUUUGAAUGGAGGGUGGCGGGCUACACCCUUCACUCGCUCCCCACAGCGGAGGGCACCCGAGGCUGUGCAGCGCUGGUGAGGAGCACAAUCCCUCACCGUAGGGUUGCAGCCCCAGUCAACUGCGGGGACGGUGUGGAGGUCCUGGCGCUGGAGCUGCAGGUGGGAAGUCUCCCGCUCCUGGUAUACAACGUAUACAGGAGCCAGCGACACCAGCUGGAGGCAGGAGAGCUUCUCACCCUCGCCUCCCACUCCAGUCUCUUGGUUGCGGGCGACCUCAACGCCCACCACCCCAUGCUACAGUCACCGUCCCCAGCCAACGAAACGGGCCGCCACCUGGCCGUGCUGCUCGAGGAAAUCCCUCACGUGUGCCUUCUCAACACAGGGGAGGCCACCCACACCCGGGGAGGAAGGCUUGACCUCACGUUGGUCUCGAGUGACCUGGCGGCAGGCGCUACGUGGCAGGUGCACCCGACCCUCACCAGCGACCACUUUGCCACCCUCACCACCCUCCCAGUGGCCCCGCCGGUCCCACCCCGCCCGCCCCCACGCUGGAACAUAAGGAGAGCGGACUGGACCAAGUUUCAGGCCUCUCUUGACGAGUGGUGGGCCGCUUAUCAGCCGCCCGCCGACCUACAUCAGCAGGAGAGGGACCUGACGACGGCCAUCCAGACCGCAGCCGCCGCAGCCAUCCCCAGGUGCACCCCGAGCCGCCGCCACCGGACAGACUGGUGGUACUACAACGAAGAGGUGCGCGAGCACAACCACCGUGUCAACCAGCACAGAAAACUGUACAAAAGGCGCCCCAACCCCAACAACCUAAGACUCCUACAGGAUGUGGUGGCCCGCGCACGGCAGGUAUCCCUGAGGGCCAGAGAGGCUAAGUGGCUGGAGUGGUGCGCCACUUUUAGCCACCACACGUCUCUAGGCCAGCUGUGGAGGAGCGUGAGGACAGCCUCCGGCGCUGCCCCGCCCCGCCCGCCCGCCCACCCGCACCCGCAGCAGGAGGCAGAGAGGCUUGCCACCAUGUUCACCACGCGGAGCUCCAGUGACCAGCUUCCUCCCCAGACACAACGCAUCCAGCAGCAGCUCCGACCACACCGCGACGAGGCUGUCAGGGAGGCGAUGGAGGAAGCCGACGUGACUGACCAGCCCUUCUCCCUUCAAGAGCUGGAGCGGGCUAGGAGGAGAGGCCGCGACACGGCAGCGGGGGCGGACGGCGUGCCAUACUCCAUGUUGGCGCACGCUGGGCCGGCUGGGGACGCCGCGCUGUUGGCCACCAUCAACGCCUCAUAG